GUCAUGGAGGGAACCAGGCAAACCAGGAUUUGUCGUCCACACAAGAUAAGUGAAUCCUCAAAGGUAUACAGGUGGGAUGACCACUCUAGUCUGGUUCUUCAGAGCCUGAAUGAGCAGAGACACCGAGGCCUCUUCUGUGACAUUGUCCUUGUGGUGGAUGAGCAGAGAGUCCCUGCCCAUCGGAACCUCCUCGCUGUGUGCAGUGACUACUUCAACUCUAUGUUCACCAUUGGUAUGCGAGAAGCCCAUCAAAAAGAGGUUGAACUUUUUGGAGCCUCCUACAUUGGUCUCAAGGCUGUAGUGGAUUUUCUUUACGGCAGUGAGCUGUCUUUAGAUGGGGGCAAUAUUGACUACGUGCUCGAAACAGCUCACCUGCUGCAGAUCUGGAAGGUGGUCGACUUCUGUUGUGAGUAUCUGGAGAAUGAGGUCAGCGAGGAGAACUAUUUGUACCUGCAGGAGCUAGCCUCUAUUUACAACCUGAAGCGCCUUGACUCCUACAUCGACUCUUUCAUCCUGCAGAACUUCGGCACGCUGUCUUUCACCCCAGACUUCCUGCAGAACAUUUCCUUGCAGAAGCUGUGCCAGUACCUGGACAGCAGCAACGUGCAGCAGGAGUGCGAGCACGACUUGCUGCAGGCUGCCUUGCAGUGGCUUACCCAGUACCCAGAACGGGAGAAUGAGGCGUACCAGGUUCUGGAUAACAUUCAUUUUCCUUUGAUACCCAAAAGUGAUCUCCUCCAUCGAGUCAAGCCUGCUGUCUGCUCUCUUCUUCCCAAAGAGGCAAACUGUGAGGGGUUUAUAGAGGAGGCAGUGAACUAUCACAACAAUGUGACAGCUCAGCCUGUGCUGCAGAACAAGCGGACAGCCCUGCGGACCUCUGAGGAGAGGCUCCUCUUUGUGGGUGGGGAGGUUUCUGAACGGUGCCUGGAACUGAGUGAUGAUACCUGCUUCUUGGACACCAGAAAGGGGCAGUGGGUAGCAGAAACCCCUCUCCCAGCCAGACGAAGUCACCACUGUGUUGCAGUCUUGGGAGGCUUCAUCUUCAUAGCCGGAGGCAGCUUUUCAAGGGACAAUGGAGGGGAUGCAGCUUCCAAUCUCCUAUAUAGGUAUGACCCCCGCUGUAACCAGUGGAUAAAGGUUGCCUCCAUGAGACAACGCCGUGUGGAUUUCUACCUGGGAGCUAUCACCGACAUGCUGGUAGCUGUUGGUGGCAGGAAUGAAAAUGGGGCACUUUCUUCAGUGGAGACCUACAGUCCUCAGAAGGAUUCCUGGUCCUAUAUAGCAGGCUUGCCCAGGUUUACCUAUGGCCACGCUGGAACAGUCUACAAGGAAUUUGUGUACAUUUCAGGAGGCCAUGAUUACCAGAUUGGCCCCUACAGAAAGAACCUGCUGUGUUACGAUUACCGCACCGAUGUCUGGGAGGAGAAGAGGCCGAUGAUCACUGCCCGAGGCUGGCACAGCAUGUGCACCUUACAGGACAAUAUCUACUCCAUUGGUGGCAGUGAUGACAACAUAGAAACCAUGGCUCGUUUUGACAUUCUGAGCGUGGAGUCCUACAGCCCUCAGUGUAACCAGUGGACCAGAGUUGCUCCUCUGUUGCAAGCAAACAGUGAGUCAGGGGUUGCGGUCUGGGAAGGCAAGAUUUAUAUCCUUGGAGGGUACAGCUGGGAAGAAACAGUCUUCUCCAAAACAGUCCAGGUUUAUGAUAAGGAGAAAAAUAAGUGGUACAAAGGAACCGACUUACCCAAAGCCAUUGCUGGUGUGUCUGCAUGUGUCUGUGCGUUGAAACCCAAAACAGAGGACAAAAAGAAAAAGACAAAAACAAAAAAACAUCAAGAUCGAGGAAGAUGA